AUGACUGUCGCUGAUAACGUGCCGGCGCCUCGCCGAUUGCUGCUGGUCAGCGUGCCUCGCACAGCCUCGAACCUAUUCCUGAAAAUCCUCAAUAUUCAAAACCAGCCCAACCUGCUCACCAGCCAGAAGGGCGGGUAUUUCUUCUAUCCCGCAUUUAUGAAGGUUACGCACGAGGGGUAUCUUGCCAAGCGCCCAGAAGACUGGUCUGAUGCCGAUAUUGAAGCCGUUCAGGGCGCCUUCCAGUCAUGCACUGAUGAUCUCGAGGAGCACGGCGCGCGAGCGCGCGAGGAGGGCAAGAUGCUCUUCACGAAGGAACAUGCGUUCUGGUUCGCGAGCCCCGCAAUUGAUCAGAGUGCUAUCGCCGGCCGUGAUGCCCUCGAAUUGUCCAAGAAGCUCCGUAUCUCCACCCCCGCAUACGGCUCCGACCAGAGCUUCUCCCCGUCCAACAAGACCAUCCUGUCAGACGAAUAUCUGCGCAGCUGGCAGAUGGCUUUUAUUAUCCGUCACCCGGCGCUUGCAUGGCCGUCAAUGUACCGUGCAAUGAAGAAGAUUGCCGCCGAGGGCUUCAUCGACGAGGACGGUCUCCAGGGGGCGUCAAGGACCAACAUGGAUCUGCGCUAUAGCAGGAUGCUCUAUGACUGGUGCCUGGAGCAGCCAGAUGUGCCGACCCCGCCCCCGGUUAUUGAUGCUCAUGACCUCAUUACAACUCCCCAGGUGGUCCUCAAGUUCUGCGAGCAGACAGGGCUCGAUAAGAGCGUGGUGCAGUUCGAGUGGGAUCAGAAUGAUGCUACGAAGUCCAAGAAUUUGGCCCCGGCCGACCCUAAUGCCAAUACCGCAGAGCAUGAUCGACAAAAACGAUCUGCUUCCAUCAUGCUUUCCUCUCUCUUGGGAUCCAAGGGCGUUAUUAAGGAUAAGGCGCCCGCGAACCUGGAUAUUGCCGCCGAGGCAGCGAAGUGGAAGGUUGAGUUUGGAGAGGAGGCCGCACAGAUGCUUGAAAAGGCUGUCUGGGAUUCCAUGCCCGAUUACGAAUACCUCAAGUCAAAGCGAAUCACUGCUUAA